AGUCUCCCGGCAACUUGGCGUGGUCCUCUGACUAAAACCUGUCACUUGACUCGCGUGCGCGAAGCCGCGCGCUUCUGUUUCUCGGCCUUAUGGCCGGGCUGACCCUGUUUGUGGGCCGCCUCCCGCCCUCGGCCCGCAGCGAGCAGCUGGAGGAGCUGUUCAGCCAGGUGGGGCCGGUGAAGCAGUGCUUCGUGGUGACUGAGAAAGGGAGUAAGGCAUGUCGAGGCUUCGGCUAUGUCACUUUUUCUAUGCUGGAAGAUGUUCAGAGGGCCCUCAAGGAGAUUACCACCUUCGAAGGCUGCAAGAUCACCGUGACUGUUGCCAAGAAAAAACUGAGAAAUAAGUCCAAGGAAAAGGGGAAAACUGAAAAUUCAAAGUCCCCAAAGAAGGAGCUGCAGCCUAAAAAAGCCAAAGUGGCAGAUAAGAAAGCCAGAUUAAUUAUUCGGAACCUGAGCUUUAAGUGUUCAGAAGAUGACUUGAAGACAGUAUUUGCUCAGUUUGGAGCUGUCCUGGAAGUAAACAUCCCUAGGAAACCAGAUGGAAAGAUGCGUGGUUUUGCUUUUGUUCAGUUCAAAAACCUCCUAGAAGCAGGAAAGGCUCUCAAAAGCAUGAACAUGAAAGAGAUAAAAGGGCGGACAGUGGCUGUGGAUUGGGCUGUGGCAAAGGAUAAAUAUAAAAAUACACAGUCUGCCUCUGUCGCAGGUGAGAAGAAGAGGCCUGAACCUAAAUGUCAGGAAUUAGGUCAAGAGAAUGGCAGGGAAGAAGAGGAUAUGGAGGAGGAGGAGAAUGAUGGUGGUUAUGAUGAUGAGGAAGAUGAUGAAGAAGAGGAGGAGGACGAGGAGAAUAGAGAGUCGAAGCUGACCAAGCCUGUGCAAAUUCAGAAGAGAGCAGUCAAGAGGGCAGCACCUGCAGAAAGCAGUGAAGAGGAGCAUUCUGAUGACAACAGCGACCUGGAGGAAAGAGACAGGAUCGAUGGUGGAGAGGACCUGGGUCAGAGUGAUACCAACACUGAAGAGCAAGAGGAGGAAGUCUCGAAAAAGAAGAAGAAGAGGAAAUUACCCUCUGAUGUGAAUGAAGGGAAAACUGUCUUUAUCAGAAACCUGUCCUUCGACUCAGAGGAAGAAGACCUUGGAGAGCUCCUCCAGCAGUUUGGAGAUCUUAAAUAUGUCCGCAUUGUCUUGCAUCCAGACACAGAGCAUUCUAAAGGUUGUGCAUUUGCCCAGUUCAUGACUCAAGAAGCGGCUCAGAAAUGCCUUGAAGCUGCUUCUCCAGAGACCGAGAGUGGUGGGCUUAAACUGGAUGGCCGGCAGCUUAAGGUUGACUUGGCAGUGACCCGUGAUGAGGCUGCAAAGCUCCGGACAAAGAAGGUGAAGAAGCCGACUGGGACCCGGAACCUCUAUCUGGCCCGAGAAGGCUUGAUUCGUGCUGGGACGAAGGCUGCAGAGGGUGUGAGUGCUGCUGAUAUGGCCAAAAGAGAACGAUUUGAGCUGCUGAAGCAUCAGAAACUCAAGGACCAGAAUAUCUUUGUCUCCCGGACCAGGCUGUGCCUGCACAAUCUCCCAAAGGCCGUGGAUGACAAACAGCUCAGAAAGCUGCUGCUGAAUGCCGCUCGAGGGGAGAAGGGGGUGCGCAUCAAGGAGUGUCGGGUAAUGCGAGGCCUUAAAGGAGCUCAUGGGAAAAUUAACGGUCAGUCCUUGGGCUAUGCCUUUGCAGAGUUCCAGGAGCACGAGCAUGCCCUGGCAGCCCUACGCCACAUCAACAACAAUCCAGAAAUCUUUGGGCCUCAGAAGAGACCAAUAGUGGAGUUCUCUUUGGAAGAUCGAAGGAAACUUAAAAUAAAGGAACUGAGGAUCCAGCGCAGCCUGCAAAAAGUGAAAUCCAUGUCGGCAACUGGUGAGCAGCCCCAGCAAGAACAGCCAGAGCUUGGGAAAAAACAGCAACAGAAAACAGCUCAGAACCACAUGCCUCAACAAAGCAAGGCACCCAUGGAGCAGAAGGAGAAGGCAGGAUCUGUCUCGUGGACAGGGUUCCAGACCAAGGCCGAAGUGGAGCACGUGGAGCUGUCUGAUGGGAAGAAGCGAAGAAAGGUCCUGGUGCUCCCCUCACACCGAGGCCCCAAAAUUAGGUUACGGGACAAAGGCAAAAUGAAGCCUCUCCCUCCCAAGAAGCCAACCCCCCAGAUAAACCACUGGAAGCAAGAGAAGCAGAAAUUAUCUUCCAAGCAGGUACCUAGGAAGAAAGCUAAGGGAAAUAAGACAGAAAUUCGCUUCAACCAGCUGGUCGAACAAUAUAAGCAGAAGUUAUUGGGACCUUCUAAAGGAGCUCCUCUUGCAAAGAGGAGCAAAUGGUUUGACAGUUGAUGGUGGUAGCAGACUGGCACCUCCUCCUGAGGACUCAAGAGAGGUGGUCGGUGGUGGAGAGAGCAGUGAGCAUGGCCAGAGAAAGAGUUGGAAAUACAGCACAAAGCUCUUAAUUCCCCAGUCCAGUCUGGUGCCAUAAUAAGUGAUGCUUUCUUCAGAACCAUUGCUGACCUAGGGAUAUGGCUAUUUCAUUGCAGUAUCUUGGGAAACCAAUGAAUGCUCAGAAAUGCCCUUAAUUGGUUUAAAGAUGGGUAAAAGAGAGACCAUGAAAAUACUGAAACCUUUUGGAGAGAACUAAAGGACAGAGGCUGUAUCUCCAGAGUUACCUUGAGACAGUGCGACUUGGGGAGUUCGAAAUGUUCUGGCAGCAGCUCGGCAACCCAUCAACCCUAGGAUGGCCUGUAUUCUGUGGGGGAGUCAGACACUUUAUUAAAAGGUGUAAAUAGAAGUUCCACAGCCUGCCUGGCCUCUGAUCUGUUUUCCCUUGGCCAGCUGUCUGCUCACCAGACACUUUUUCCCGUAGUGUACAAAUAUCUAUAAAUUAACAUUUAAAAAUAAUCUGAACAUUUAGGAUAGAUAAAAAUUGGGUUCAUUUCAGAUAGCUUUGCCAGAUUUUCUCAGAUCCAGCUUUUUCUUCUGACAGGUACAGCAGCCCAGUGUGUUUAAAACAUCAGUCAGCUGCUUGAAAAGUUACUGCACAGUUCUAUUCUUUUUUUUACCUUUAUUUUAUUAAAUGAUGUUUGAAUCACUAAAUUAAAAAAAAUAUAUUGCUGAACGUUUACAAUGACAAUUUUGCAUUUCUCCAUAUACUUUAUCAUAUAAUGAUGUCAUGUUUUUUAAAUUUCUUAAAUCUGUAUUUAAGAUACAACUAUAUGAUAAGAAUCCCAAGGAAAACAAAACUUAAACCUCAAAAUUAUUGUUCAUCCCAUUACUAUUUAAGCUGCUAAUUUUUGCCCAUUAAAACUCCAUUUUUUAUGCAUAUUUAAAAAUCCACAUACUAGUAUCAUUUUCAUUUAAAAAGUCACUCCUUAAUAUAUAACUUUCAGCAUAUGGUUAUUUGUGAAUAUAAUUUUGCAAAAAAUUAUCUUAUGUCUGAUAGUUUACUUUUGAAACUAUUUAGAAAGCUUAAAGAUGCAAAAGAAAAAUAGCAAAUUGGAUUAUAUAAUCUGCAUACAUAAAGGAUUUGCAUUGAACUAAAUCACAGAGGCAGUUUUGGUGAAUUCGUGUUCAAUAUUGUCUUCACUUUAUUACUCAAGAAUAUUUCUGAGCUGGAUAGCGUGCCAGAACCCCUAUCAGUUUUGUCAGUGAAAAGAGACAAGAGAAAAUGUAAUUCUGCAGGCAAUGUAAUAAAUAAAUACAUACUUUUAAAGAAAAAGGACAAAGAAAAUGUAAAUUUGGUCUGUCUUCUUACCUAUAAAGAAGGUAGGCACAGGAGUAAAUUAUUUUUUAUGUAACAUUUAUUUCUAAAGGUUUACAAGAUACGAUUUUAAAAUGGGUAUAUUUUAUGGUUUUUAUAUUAAUUGAUACAAACAUAGCCAAAUACCUAUGUGUAUAAAUUAUUUGGCCAGUAUCCACUCACUUCAUACCUUUAAGAAAGAGAAUAUAAGGUCAUUUGCAAUAAUAAUAAUUAACUAGUUAAUAACAUAAAACAAGCUAAAAUAAUGUUUAAAGAAUGUUGACCUGAAAAAGUGUAAUGAUUCUCAGUGUAGGCGUUCCUAUGUGGAACAAAUUAAUGUGUGAUUUACAAUACAGUUUAAAAGUACACACACUGCACAGUUCUUUAAAAAAGUAAUAAGAUGAAUCAUCCACUUACUCAACAACCAGAUUGCUUGUACGGUGUCCUCCUCUGGGACAUCUCACCAUGGGUUAUCUGGGCAGCUUCUUAACGCUUGCCUCGCAAGUAUUCAUGCAAGGAGAAUCAUGCUCAUUUCUUCACUUCAGAGCCUGAUGUUUCAUGAAAUGGAGUUUUCUGAAUUAGACGUGAAAGUGGAGUUACAGACUGCUUGGUUAAAAAGCAACAACAAUAACAAACAUUUCAUUAACACCCAAGACUGAAGGCCAUUGAUCAAAACUGUCAAGUUUCAGUAGAUUUUCCUGCUUGGUUAUACAGCAGCCUGACUCAGAGAUACUUUUUUUUGCGGUACGCGGGCCUCUCACUGUUGUGGCCUCUCCCGUUGCGGAGCACAGGCUCCGGACGCGCAGGCUCAGCAGCCAUGGCUCAUGGGCCCAGCCGCUCACGCGGCAUGAGGGAUCUUCCCGGACCGGGGCACGAACCUGUGUCCCCUGCAUCGGCAGGCGGACUCUCAACCACUGCGCCACCAGGGAAGCCCAGAGAUACUUAUUUUAAAUAAAGAGUCUUAAGAUUG